AUGAAGCCGCCUAUUUCAUUGCAGACAAGUGAGUUUGACUCAUCAGAUGAAGAGCCUAUUGAAGAUGAACAGACUCCAAUUCAGAUAUCAUGGCUGCCCCUGUCACGAGUGAAUUGUUCUCAGUUCCUGGGUUUAUGUGCUCUUCCAGGUUGUAAAUUUAAAGAUAUUAGAAGAAAUAUCCAAAAAGAUACAGAAGAACUAAAGAACUAUGGCAUACAAGACAUAUUUGUUUUCUGCACCAGAGGGGAACUAUCAAAAUAUAGAGUCCCAAACCUUUUGAACUUCUAUCAACAGUAUGGAAUUAUUACUCAUCAUCAUCCAAUCCCAGAUGGAGGGACUCCUGACAUAGCUAACUGCUGUGAAAUAAUGGAGGCGCUUGCAAUCUGCCUUAAAAAUAACCGAAAAACCUUAAUACACUGUUAUGGAGGAAUUGGAAGAUCUUGUCUUGUAGCCGCUUGUCUCCUACUGUAUCUGUCUGACACAGUAUCACCACAGCAAGCCAUAGACAGCCUGAGAGACCUAAGAGGAUCUGGAGCAAUACAGACCAUAAAGCAAUAUAAUUAUCUUCAUGAUUUCCGGGACAAACUUGCUGCACACCUGUCUUCAAAAGAUUCACUCUCAAGAUCUGUAUCUAGAUAA